AGUUUCUUACUUGACUGUCCACCAAGGCCUGAUAAGUCUGGUUGCUUUUCUCCAGGCACCAAGUGUUGGGGUGUGCCACCUCCCCUUUUGGGACCACCUUGGGUUGCCCUCUUACAAAAGCAGGCCUUAUAAAGGAAUAGUUGUCUUGGAUUGCAUAAUCUAAAUGAGGCAAGGACCAGAGUGAGGGCAGCAGGAACUACUCAGCAACAAUGUCUUCAGAAGUGGAGACCUCGGAGGGGGUAGAUGAGUCAGAGAAAAAGAACUCUGUGGCCCCAGAGAAGGAAAACCAUACCAAAAUGGCAGACCUUUCUGAGCUCCUAAAGGAAGGGACCAAGGAAGCACAUGACCGGGCAGAAAAUACCCAGUUUGUCAAAGACUUCUUGAAAGGAAACAUUAAGAAGGAGCUAUUUAAGCUGGCCACUACCGCACUUUAUUUCACUUACUCGGCCCUUGAGGAGGAAAUGGACCGAAACAAAGACCACCCAGCCUUUGCCCCUUUGUAUUUCCCCACGGAGCUACACCGGAAGGAAGCACUGAUCAAGGACAUGGAGUAUUUCUUUGGUGAAAACUGGGAGGAGCAGGUGAAGUGCUCUGAGGCUGCCCAGAAGUAUGUGGAUCGAAUCCACUAUGUAGGGCAGAAUGAACCAGAGCUGCUGGUGGCCCAUGCUUAUACUCGUUACAUGGGGGACCUUUCAGGAGGCCAGGUGCUGAAGAAGGUGGCCCAGCGGGCACUCAAACUCCCCAGCACUGGGGAAGGGACCCAGUUUUACCUGUUUGAGCAUGUGGACAAUGCCCAGCAAUUCAAGCAGUUCUACCGAGCCAGAAUGAAUGCCCUGGACCUGAAUUUAAAGACCAAAGAGAGGAUCGUGGAGGAGGCCAACAAAGCCUUCGAAUAUAAUAUGCAGAUAUUCAGUGAACUGGACCAGGCUGGCUCCAUGCUGGCAAGAGAAAACCUGGAGGACGGGCUCCCCAUGCACGAUGGGAAGGGGGAUGUACGUAAAUGCCCCUUUUAUGCUGCUCAGCCAGACAAAGGUACGCUGGAAGGCAGCAACUGCCCCUUCCGGACAGCCAUGGCCAUGCUGAGGAAGCCUAGCCUCCAGCUCAUUCUAGCUGCCAGUGUGGCCCUGGCUGCUGGACUCUGGGCCUGGUACUACAUGUGAAGGACCUGUCAAUGUCAUUUGCAUCCUAUUCCAUCCCCGUUUCCACCUCUGACUAAACUACCACCUCAGGUGACUUUUUAAUGCUGGGUUCAAGAAAACAAGCAACCAAUAAAAGCCAGACACUAGA